AUGAUCUACUUGAAGUCACUUUUAAACGUCGUCGAUAACUCUGGCGCUCAAAUAGUGGAAUGUAUUAAGGUUCUUCGUCAUGGUCCACGUUCGUGUGCUCAUGUGGGAGAUCAGAUCACUGUCGUUGUGAAACAAGCCAAGCCUAUCUCUGCUGAACUUACGGGUUCAGCUCUCACCAACAGAGUUAAGAGACGAGAUAUCUGCCGUGCUAUUGUGGUUCGUACCAAAGCUCCAUUCAGAAGACCAGACGGUACUGUUGUGCGUUUUGAUGAUAAUGCCUGUGUCUUGAUCAAUAAAAACGGAGACCCAUUGGGAACUAGAGUGUCUUCCGUUGUAGCCAGAGAAUUGAAACAAAAGGAGUUCAACAAAAUUGUCUCCUUGGCACCCAAAGUGUUUUAG